AUGGAUAUAAAGGAUGAUAUUAAUAGAAAGAAUUUUAGACUAAAUUAGAGGAUUUCUGUAAAUAAUUUAUCAGAUGGAAAUACAAAGAAGAUUUUAGAAAAUAUGUUUUAAGUUAGUAGAAAUAUCAAAUAUCUACAAGCAAUUAGCAAUAAAGUUGUUUUGCAGAAUGCAUAAUUCCAUUUAUUCAACUUUUAAAAGUUUGAUUUAUCUACAAUCAAUAAAGAUGAAACUACAAGAAAUAUUAAUAAAGGUACAGGUUAAUAGUAGAAUUAGCAUAAAAAUUAGGAAAAUUAGUAAAUGAAAUCAAAUUUUCAAAGAGGAUAAUAUUCAGAAGAAUAUACAAAACAAAAUUUUUAAAAUAACAUCUAAGGAAAUUACAUUAAUUUGAAAUAACCACUUCCAGAGUUUACAGGUGAUAGAAAUAAAUUGGCUUAAUGGUUUUAUAAUAAGAAAAACUACACAACUCAUUAGAAUUAAGAGGAUCUAUAAAUUUUCAGACAACGUUUAAUAAAGGAAUUCGAAUAACUAAAUGAUGAGUGCCAAGAUAUAAAUUAGGCAUUUAAUAUUUAUAUCAAAUUGUUUAUAUUAUUAAAGACAGUGGAUCCAAAAUUCUUGGCCUAAAGGUUUGAAUUUAUUAUAUAGAGAAUUAAAUAUAGUCCAACUGAUGAAGAAGCUCUUUAUUAUCUUGUUGUGGAAUGUUUGAAAUAUUUGCGUAAUCAAAAUAUACAGAAGCAAGUCAAUUUACCUAUUUUUCUGAUCUUAAGGUUAACUCUUCACAUCUGCUACAAGUUCAAUUUUUUAAAAAUACUACAAGAAUGCAAUUAAAUCAAAUAAUUACCUUUCAUGAUUGAGGACAUGGUUUGCUUUGUUUAUGAUUUUCACACAAAUAAGCUUCUCAAGAAAAUUAAUCACGAAAGAAUUCAUGACAUGUAUGACAAGGUGAUCUCUCUUUGCCACAAAAUACAUUAUGAACCUUCUUAUUAAUUUGCAUUGACUAACUUAAGUAUGCUCUCAGAUAUUAAGCAGUUAAAUAAAUAAACAUUCCAAAAGUUGAAAAUACACAACACAAUCUACUAUAGAUUAUGCUUAUAGGAAAUAGAUAGAUGCAUACGCAAUACGAGUGACACUUAAAUUGUUUAUAUUGCUUAUAAAUUAUCUACAAUUGACUAUACUUCUUUUGGGUAUAAGAUAGACCAUAUUUGGGAUUUUAUUGAAGAAAGAUUUUAUCAAAAGAGUGAUUAGUAUAAUUUGAUAAUGCAGAAGAGUUUAUUAUACUCCAUUGGUAAAACAAUAAGAAUUACUCAAACUUCAUAGAAUUUGUACAAAAAAUUGUUUGAUAAGAAGCAAUUAAACAAAUUAAGGUAUUAAAAGAACUUUUUAGAGUAUUUUUCUAACCUCCUUCUUUCAGGAACUGCUAGAAGUCUUUUCACUAAAGAACAAUUACAAAAUACUUUACCAUAUAUUUAAGAGCUUUUAGAAGAUGAGUCAUUAGAUAGAAAAGAGAAAAUAGAUUUUGUUGGAAAUACUUGCUUGCUUUUCUACAGAUUAGGCAUUUAUGAUAAAUCUUUCUGGGACUACUUUUUGAAAUACGAAGACUAUUAUCUGAAUGAUAAGUCUAAAUUUUUUUAAGUAUAUUUUAUUUCAAGAACCAUGCCAGUGAUUUCAGACGAAAUUGAUAACAAGGAAUUAGUAAACAGGAUGGCACAUUUGUUGGAAAAAAUAAAAGAAUUGCCAUAUUAUCAAUAAGAAUUAGCAAGAAUCUCUUCUUAAAUAACCUAAGUUAAAUAAUCUCUUUUCGAAUAGCGUUUUGAUUUUUAUGCUAACGCAUUUGGUAAAAUCAUCUAAAGAGAAAAAAUAAUUGACGAUAUAUUCAGUGCUGAUUUUUAUAUGAAAGAAGAUAACAUAGUUAUAGAAAUAGAAGGCCAUAACCAUUAUAACUAGCUAACUGAUGGUACAUACUAAAUGAACUUAAUCACUUAAUUUAAGAGUAAAUAUUUAAAAAAAUUGGGAAUAUCUGUCAUUCAUCUUGGUGUACACGAUUGCACUUAAUAAGAAAAUCAAAUGAUAAGUAUAUUAAGAGUUUUCUUAAAAAAAUACAAUCAAGUUAAGAAACAUCAAGAAGAAAACAAAUUAAUAGCAAUUGAUGUUUGA